UCGAUUUACAAACGAUGUAGCCAAAUCCCAUCUCUGUCAAAUAUUAUAUAAAUAAAACAAUGGCAUACGCAUGUUGUGCUUCCAAAAAUAUUUUGAGGAUAGCACAAUGCACUACACGACUUAUGUCCGUGUAUCCGUCGCACUAUGUGAGUCCAAUUGUCGAUAAAAACAUCCAGAACUCCAAGGGACUUGAACUGUCCCACAUCCCAAUUAAAGCGGCUCCAAAUGAUGUAAACGACACCAUAUUUUAUGGGGAACUCAAACAGAAAUUUCUGAAUUACAUUACCAAAAAGGGCAAUGCCGAAUUAGCGAAAGAGUUGCUAACGAAAACAUUUGAGGCAAUUAAGCGCACACAAAUUGAGCGAUUAAAUCUCGGCGGCGCCGAUCAAGAGAAAGUUAUUACAGAUGCCGAGACGCUGCUCAUAAAUGCCAUCGAAAACUCGCGACCAUUGCUCACGUUGUCCGCAAUUAAAAGAGGCGGAGUCAAAUAUCAAGUACCCGUCCCAUUGACCCAACGUAAAUCCUAUUUUUUGGCCAUGAAAUGGAUUUUAGAUGCGGCGCGCGAGAAGGAGCGUAAAGUAAAGUUGCCCGACAAGUUGGCUUGGGAAAUCUUGGAUGCAGCCUGUGGCCAGGGAAGGGUGAUCAAGAAGAAGGAUGAUCUGCACCGACAGUGUGAAACCAAUCGUGCUUACGCUCAUUACAGAUGGAGCUAAUUGUGCACAAUUUUUGCUGCUUAACAUGUGCAUAAAAGUAAUAAAAUAAAAUUUA